AAGCUAAGCCUUUCCACCUUCUAACUUAAUACUGGUGUUGUCUCUGCGGGUGCAGGACGCGGUGGACAUCAGCAGGACAGGAAUCUACAAGAUGGCAUCAGCCACAGCGACCUACGGACAGAAGGAGUCCUCAGACCAGAACUUUGACUAUAUGUUUAAGAUCCUCAUCAUUGGCAACAGUAGUGUGGGUAAAACCUCUUUCCUGUUCCGUUACGCCGAUGACUCCUUCACACCCGCCUUUGUCAGUACGGUGGGCAUCGACUUCAAGGUGAAGACCAUCUAUAGGAAUGAUAAGAGGAUUAAAUUACAAAUCUGGGACACGGCGGGUCAGGAGCGUUACCGUACCAUUACUACAGCUUACUACCGGGGUGCCAUGGGCUUCAUCCUCAUGUAUGACAUCACCAACGAGGAAUCCUUCAAUGCUGUCCAGGACUGGUCUACCCAGAUUAAGACAUACUCAUGGGAUAAUGCCCAGGUGCUGCUGGUUGGAAAUAAGUGCGAUAUGGACGAUGAGCGCAUGGUGAGUGGAGACAGAGGCCGGCAGCUGUCUGAACAUCUCGGUUUCGAAUUCUUCGAGGCCAGUGCCAAAGACAACAUCAACGUAAAGCAGACCUUUGAGCGCCUGGUCGACAUUAUAUGUGAAAAGAUGUCAGAGAGUCUGGAUGCUGGUGAUCCUGCCAUCACGGGGGCCAAGCAGGGCCCCCAGCUAACAGAGCAGCCUGCUCCACCACACCAGGACUGUGCAUGUUAAAGAUGCCCAUCUGCUCCCUUUUUCCAUUGUCCAUCACCCUUUUCACCCACUUUCCAGCUUCCUUCUUCUGAGGGAGGACCAUUGGCUGGUGGUCCCGGGAACCAUCUUGUAAAAGUGUUUGAAAUUUUGAAAUUCUCUCAGCAAUCAGCUCUUGAGGUGCUUUUGUUUAUGUUUCUCCCCCCCAAAAAAGAGUUGUAAAAUCGUUUUUUUUUAAAUGUAUUAUUAUUUUUAAAUCACCCCAUCAUGUUUCAGAGUCAAUUCAAAGUGAGGUUUUUAAAGAUUUUUUUGUUUGUUUUCGUGUGUGUUUAAAAGGAUUUGAUGGCAUCCAUCCACCAUCAGAGUGCCAUUUAAAUCCUUUUGAUGUUUACAGUACCUUUCUGUUUGUUGAUCUGGUGAACAGGAAGUCAACGAUGGAGUCUUGUUUUGCGUACUCGGUAGGAAGUACCGCUCCACCCGGGGUCCAUUUCACAAAGCAGGUUCAGUGAAAACUCUGUUAACCCUGAAAUAGGGGGAACUCCGAGUUUUCCGUGUCAAAAAGAGAGGUAACUCAAACCAGAGAAAGAGGAGUAACACGAGUCUGUUUCAAAGAGAGAGGUUACUUGAGCUCUCAGUCAGUUACCGUAGUAACAGACUCUGUGAAACUAAACUGGUCCCGGGACCAAGUUUUUCCUCAAUGAACCCACUCUUUCAAAGCCACACGCUCCAUUUAAUUUCCUCUGAUUGAAUGAAUGAUCGAAUAAGAUUUUGGCAUAGCCUAGCUCUGCCGUCUGCCUUCAAAAAAAAUGAGUCACUAUAUGAGAAGUCCAUUAAGCACAGUAGGUUUGGGACAAACAGGCCAUGUCCUCUUGAAAAGGAUCCUGUGGAUGAAGGUGCAGCAUUACCGCAAAGAGAAUUAAAAAUUCAUCGAGAUGGUUAUCAGACCGCGCAUAGAUGUUUUAGCAUUUGCAGACAAUUAUCUUUUUGAGCGGUACCGUUUCAUGUCACAGUCCAUCAUCAUGCACAACCUAAUCUGUCCGUACAUUUACAACAUGACCAAUCCUUGUCGUGCUUUCACAUCCCAGCAGAUUGUGUAUUGCAUCCAUCUUUGCAAAUGGAGUUGGUUUUUGGGGUUUUUUUUGUCACUGAGCAAUUAAACAAGGCAACUAUAUGCACGGUGGUCAGAAAAGUGUGUUAUGCCUUGGCACAGUUUGAGCAAUGUUUUUAUUUUUCAUCUUUAGCUGUUGCCAAGUGUGCAUCUACCCCGUAGGAUUGCACCUAAAUAAAAUAAAUUAAUGGGCCUCCAUUCAAGCAGUUUUCCCGUUAUAUUAUUGGAUUUGCAAAGGACUAUGUUGAAUCUUAGGCAUUGCUAUGUUCUCCCUCAACUGCAGCAACUGCAGCAAUGUUGCACGUUUUCCUGAGAAUGUGUUCAAACUCGCUGUAUGAGCGCAUUAUUUCCAGUUCUUCUAGGGUAAAAUACGCAACCCUCCUCUUCGCCGUUGCUCUAGGUGAGUAGAUCAACUCAGAGUUCAGGAUUAGACUCGGAGUUUGUUGAACCUGCUUUGUGAAACAGACCGCUGAAAUGCAGCUGUGUUCAUUUUCUUAUACAUUCACGUAUGAAUAUGUGUGUCUCACAUUGUGUCUGCAUGUUUUUUUUACAUUUCUCAAAUGUUUUUGUAUUAUUGUGUAUUGUAUUAUUUUACUGCAUCAAGAACUGGGUAGAAGAAGAUAUAGAGAAAAGGGAGUUGACAAAAUAGCAUUUUAUUUAAUUGUAUGUAUUUCAGGUGUUUAUAUAAGACUAUUGUAUAAAAUAUAUAAAUAUAACAAAUGUAUACACACACACACACACGCACACAUAUAGGUUUCUGGAAGUAAAUUUUUAAAAGAUAUGCAGUUCUAUGAAGAUAGUAUUAUAUGCAUCAAUCAGGUCUUAGUUGUGAAGUUUGUAUGGAUGGUUUGUGUGCAAUUGACUCCUUACCUCGUGUCCUGGUCAGUUUGGUUCAUGCGGCUUUGCUGCGAUGUUGUAAAAUCACUAAUUUAACACUUGAAAUUUUACUUUAUUCAAUAUAAAUUUGUCAAUUUAUAUUUAUCAUCCAAUCUGAAUGCAGCUGCUAAUAAAACAAAUUGAAAAAAACUAAUAUUAGGAAUUAUUAUUAUAUUUAAUGGACAAUGUACCAAAGCUUCAAAUGAUCUUGGAAAUAUUAUGGAUGUAACAUAUUUAAUAUGAUGGUGCUGAACAGACUUUAAAUUGCCUCAUAUUUUCACAGAAUAGUAUUUAUCAUAGGGUAAAAAAAAUUCAUGUCGAUCACCUCGACUGGCUUGUUUCUUUCAUUCCCGUCAUCUGGUUAGAUGCCCAUGUGGUUUAUCAAAUAUUAAAAUGAAGACAUGCCCUACAGUUCAAACAAUUCAGCACUUUAUGAAACAAAAUCAGCAGUUGUUGGUUAAAAAAAAAUAAUGUUAUGAUGGUUUCGCUCCACACAAGUUUGGGUCAUUUUAUUUCAUUUCAUUAAAGCUUUUUCAAGUUUACCCUGCUCCCUCGUGAGAAUAAACUCAAAGAAUUGAGGACAAAGCAUGAAACGUUUUUUUUAAUUAAAUAAAAUAAGGCAUUUUUCCAUCCUUUCUGUUUUGAGGCAUGCAUUUUAUCAGUUGUCAACAUGUCAGGUUAUAAUGUACCAGUCAGAGAGCGAGUGAUGAUUUUAUUUAUGCUAAUAAUCAAGACAAACUUGCAAGGAGACUAAUUUUGUCCUUCUGGUGGUGACUGUUUCUUUUCCGAACUGUUAAAAUGAAUCCUCCUAUCUCGUGUCUUCCUCUCUUUAUGAAACAGAAGUGUAAAAAUUGUACCUUUGACUCUUUGAUGUCGUGUUCUAUUGACUCAGGCUUGCAAAAAAAGAAAAAAAAAGAGGAGAGGGGGAAAAAAAACAAUGUUGGUAACAACAAAAGAGCCAUGUUGCUGUAUUUCUGCAUUUAUAUCACCAGGCCUGCUUGAGGAUGAAUAUUUCAGUUACAGUUACAAAGCAACACAGUAACUACAACAAAAUGCCAUCCAGCUCAGCAGCACUUGCUGACUUUAGAUCCUGACGUGCAUUUGGUCUUGUCUCAUUGCCUAUUCCACCCAGCCCCUUCACACCUUCAGUUUGGGCCAGUAAGAUUAAAGAAUAUGCUGUUGUGUUUUUAUCUGUGCUUUGUGGUAAAACAAUAAAAGCAUUACUAACUGAAA